AUGGUAAUAUUGCUCUGCGAGACUUGGCAAUUAUUCUGCGAAAUCUUAGUAUUAUUGCUCUGUGGGGCUUGCGCCACUCUCUCUGUGGCCGUCGGCGCCCUGCUGGCCUUUGUGCCGGCCGGCGCUAGCCGUUGCCUGCCGCCAGCGGCCUCCUGGUCGCUGUGCCGGCCGCCAGCGGCCUCCUGGUCGCUGUGCCGGCCGCCAGCGGCCUCCUGGCCGCUAAAUUGGACUUGCACUUACUGCAAUAUUGUUCAGCCUCCACGAGCAAAGCACUGCCAUGAUUGUGACAAAUGCAUCCUUCAAUUUGAUCAUCACUGUGUAUGGUUAGGUACUUGUGUCGGGCAAGGAAAUCAUUGCCGAUUUUGGUGGUACGUUUUUCUAGAAACAAUCCUUUGCAUAUGGACAGUUAUACUAUAUAUCUCAUAUUUGCGCUCUGAGAUUGUGAAGGCUUGGUGGAAGGAGUUCAUUGUUAUAGUGCUUUUAGCUGCGCUUAUGUUUUGUCUCAUCUUUCUCAUCCUGCUGCUCCUCUUCCACAGCUAUUUAGCCUUGACAAAUCAGACUACUUAUGAGAUGGUGAGAAGACGACGCAUAUUGUACUUUAGGGGAAUUCCAGAAAAGGUUCAUCCAUUUAGCAAGGGCAUCUGCAAAAACUUGUACACUUUUUGUUGCUCUAGUCACAGCAUACGUGAUUUGGAAGCUGUACCAACGAUGGAGGACAUCGAAGCAAGCGCAAGACCUUACACCUGCUCGGACAUUGUCAUGUGUCGGUGGUGUUGAUUAAUACUGGCUUGGCAUCAGUUUCUGACGGCUUUUAACCAGCAUGUUGUUGAUACAAUCUGGUCAUUUAAUUUUUCUUCUUUCAGUAACAGCUUGUAGUAUUGUAUUUAUGAAGAAAAAACUAAAUUUUCAUCUGGAUAUUCCUUUUAAUUAUAAUUUCAAAUUUAAA